UUUCAUAUUUUGUUUGCCUGAAAAUUAUAAUUUUGCAGAUUCAAGGAGAAUUCGACUGGCUAGCGGAAUGAGCUUCAGGACAGGCAAAACUUCAUACAACAGCAAGAGCGUAGUUACUCUUGGCAUUGCGUGCCUGCAUGUACAUGUUAAUGUGAUGUAAAAGGGAUAUGGACUUAGAAAAAUUAAAAUCAUGAAUUCCAAGCUCGUUUUACUGACGAUUUUCAUGAUAUUCCAAAGUCAAGGCACUAGCGCCUUUAUUGUUCUGACCGGCCCAGCGUCUGACAACGAAGAUGAUUCACCAUCCUUGUCUCCACCGUGUCCUGUAAACUGUGUCCCCGUGCGAUGUGAAGUUACGGGAUGGGCAGAUGGAUCAUUCAUGGAAAAUGACGGGAAGUGCAUGGCGAGGAAAACAGGUUCAAGUCCAGGAACAAUUUCGAGCCGCAUAUACUGCAUUUAUACUGGUGGGAAAUUGGAUUCAAGCCAUCCAGUGGCUGGAGCGAAUUAUUCGACACCUAAUCCGAUCAUAGCCUGCCCAAUCGGUACACAGACUUAUGGCUGCAGUCUUCAUUCCCACUGGAGGAACUGGUACCAUAAUGCAGCUGUUUCCGCCGUAACCCUACCAGACGGUAGGACCCAGUGCGAGGUUACCAGCUGCCCACGUUGUAGAGUGGAGGCACAUUGUCUAAACUCGUCAACAUUUUUUCUGUCGAGCGUGCGUCCCACAGCAACAUCAUCGCAAAGAGAGCUGACUCUGAAGCAAAACAGCCCCGCCUAUUGGCCAGACGUAGUCGUCACAAUCGAAUCAAUAGAGAGCAGAAGCCGGAUUGAAUGUGCAUGUUUGGAUGAUGCAGCUUCCAGGAUCCCGCUAGAGUUUUUCACCAGUCUCCUCCAUGAGUUAGAAUCGAGGUUUCCUGGACGAGGAACACGCCUGCGCGUAUUGGUGGCAGAACGUUAUGUGCGUCUCAGAUAAUUAAAUUUGCAGAACGUUUCCCUUUCACCAAAUGGAAAGUAGUUCAGUUAUAGCCAGAAUGGAGAAAGGUACAUGUAUCAGUUUGUUUGUAAUGGCCUUGCCUUCAAACGUAACUGUUUCAAAUGGCCAUAGGACUAGGUGGUCAACUGCAGAC